AAAAAUAUGAAUCUAGAAAUGAUCUGCAAUUUGAAUGGAGGGAGUAGCAAGCAGCAGUUUCCCGUCCCCAUUGAAGAAGAAAGCAGCAAAGAAGUACUACACAGUAGAAAGCAAAUUUAAUUAGUUGGACAGAAAUUUAGUUGAUGGAUGGAUGAUCCAAAGGGUAGGGGUAUCAAUAAUACAGGGGGUAGAUGCGAAACGGAGUAAAGCGGGUGAAUGUUCCGUAUGGAUUCCACUAGCCUUUUGUGGUUGGAAUGCCUCUGUGCUUCGUCCUUUUUCUUUUAUCUUUGUCUUGUGGCGUGCAUCCCAUGCAUAUUAUCCCCAGCUGCUUUCCUUUCCUUUUUGAAAGCAAGAUUCGAUCUCUUUCCGUAUGUGUUAAUUGUUAGCUUCUAACAAUGUAAUCUUUCUUGAUUAUCGAACUAUCCAUCAUCAUCAUGACUGAUAUAUACACACAUCCAUCUCAGUAUCUCACUGCCUGCUAGUGCCAGUUCAUUUAGCUGCCUUGGUUCACUCAUCUGCAGCAUAACUGCAAUAUAGCAAAGGGAAUCCAUGUCCCUGAUCACGGAUGAUCCUGAGCACUCCCCCAGGGACUGCUCCAGGUUCAGGUCAUCCUCGCCCGGGAAGCACCGCCAUCGACGACGACGGGCGGCGCUCAUCGCCGUGUCGUCGACCGUCGCAUCCCUUGUGUCGCUGGCCCUGAUCCUGUGGCUCACCCUCCGGCCUUCGGGGCCACGCUUUUCCCUGCUCGCCGCCACGGCCACGGUAGCCGGCAACGCCACCACGGUGGUCGUGGUGGUGGACGCCGCCCUGAGCGCCCACAACCCCAACGCCCACGCCACCGCCCUCUACGACCAGCUGCAGGCGAGUGCGUCCUACGGCGGCGUGGCCCUCGGCGCCGGCGCGCCGCUGCCGCCGCUGGAGCAGCCGGACCAGGGCGACGCGGUGCUGUCGGCCCUGCUCACGUCUGGAGCUGGAGGUCGCCUGCCUGGCGGUGGCGGUGGUCGGGCGCUGCUGAGGAUGCGCGUCGAGGGGCGGCUCCGCUGGAAGGUGGCGGCCUGGGUGUCCGCCAGGCAUGGGCUCACCGUCGACUGCGUCGCCGCCGUGGUGCCGUCGUCCGCAGGUCAGCUGCAGCAGCAGGGGUCGUCAUCAUCACCCUCGUCCCAGUGCGCCACCCACGUCCUAUGAUACGCUGAUCGAGUAACUUAAUUGUCUUUAUUAUUAUAGUGGACGUACAUCACAUCAUUAUUAUUACCAAUAGUACUCUCUUCCUUCCAAAUUGUAGGUGUCCAAUUUUUUUGUCGUUUUAA